CACACUAAACCAGGACUGACUCUGUUCCAACAGAAGAAGUGGAUCUGAGGAUAAACUUUAUGUGACGCUCAGGUUUGGAUGUUACACUUUGAGUCCUGCUGUCCAAGCACUCGGACCUCUUUUUACAGAACAUGUAAAAUCCUGUCGUUUAAUUUCAGGAGGAUUUCAUGAUUCUACGUGUUUAUUUCUUGGGACGCAGGCAGCUGCAGAGUCAUGCAUCAGAACCGUAAUGUAGAAUAAUAAUAACAAAGGAAAGAGUUGAGGAUGUAUAAAUAGGUUGCACGAAGGGCUCCGGCCCAGAUGAGUGGCGAGCUCAGUGGCAGCGCUGUGAUUGGUUAAUGACACUUGUAGUCGGAGAGGCCAGACCGAUGUCUGUGGUUUGGAGUUGUGGCUUCUGUUUCUCUUUUUUUGACAUAUUUUUCUCUCGCUGUGUUUCUCCCUCACUCCCUGUUUUGCUUUUGGACCUAGUAUCACUGACUGUGCAGCUUUAAGUCUGCAGACUAAGCUCCUCUGAUUGUUCCUAAGUCUAGACACAAACCAGAGUGUUUGCUAACGGGGGCAUUCGUUGCUGGAAGAGGAUGCCCUGCAGAAAAACUCCAAAACGCCAUAUCUUACAAUGUGAACCAAACUGAAACAUAAUGCGUGUAUCCGUUCUUCACCUUUACGCCAAGUUUCACGAAAAUCAGGCGAGUAGUUCUUCCAUAAUCCUGCAGACAGACAAACAGUCUUGAUCAUAGACGCUUGUCAAAGUAGAAAGUUGCUCUGUUGGUCCACCAGCAGGUCAAAGUUUUCACUUCUCCUGUGAAAUGUCUCCACAUAUACUUGAUGGAUUGAUGGAUUGAUGAAAACAUGUGUACAGACGCCGUCUCUGCAGGAUGCAUCCUCACGACUUUGGUUGGGAGAGCCAGCUGCUGGAGACGGGGUUUCUGGCCAUUUUCCUGUGUCCCGUGUGGACUCUGUCCCCGGUCCCCCGCCGCUGUCCCCCCUCCCUCAUCUGCAUCUGGACCUUCAGGUGGCUGAUUGUUCGCAUCAUGCUGGGAGCGGGUCUCAUUAAAAUCAGAGGCGACAAAUGCUGGAGGGACCUGACGUGCAUGGACUACCACUACGAGACUCAGCCGGUCCCUAACCCCAUGUCCUACUACAUGCAUCGCUCCCCGUGGUGGAUCCAUCGCUGCGAGACGUUGUCCAACCACCUCAUCGAGCUCAUCUUCCCGCUCUUCACCUUCCUGGGCAGAAGGAUGUGCGCCGUCAACGGAGCGGUCCAGAUCCUGUUCCAGGUGGUUCUGAUAGUGAGUGGGAACCUCAGUUUCCUUAACUGGCUGACCAUUGUUCCCAGUCUGGCCUGCUUUGACGACGCAUCGCUGGGCUUCUUGUUUCUCUCUGGAGGUGGAGUCAAGAAGACGGUGCUCGAGAUACAGAAUGAGGACGCAGCCGGACGCACCCCCAAACCCAACAAAGGUAUGUUGAUACGUCGUGUGGUGAACAUUUCUUUGGCCGUUCUGAUUGGCUACCUGAGCGUUCCCGUGGUGUUGAACCUAUUCAGUUCCAAGCAGGUGAUGAACACGUCCUUUGACCCGCUGCGCAUCGUCAACACCUACGGAGCCUUUGGCAGCAUUACCAAGGAGCGCACCGAGGUGAUUUUCCAGGGGACUCUAAACCAGGAUCCCAAGGACCCUGAGGCGCUUUGGGAGGAGUACCAGUUCCUGUGUAAGCCGGGGGACCUUCACCGACGACCGUGCCUCAUAUCACCGUACCACUACCGGCUGGACUGGCUCAUGUGGUUCGCUGCCUUCCAGACCUACGAGCAGAGUGAGUGGGUGAUCCACGUCGCGGGACGUCUGCUGUCCAACGACAGCGCAGUCCUCUCCCUGCUCGACCACAACCCCUUCCAAGACAGAGAGACUCCCAGGUGGGUUCGAGGGGAACAUUUCACGUACAAGUUCAGCCAGCCGGGCACCGCCAGCGCCGCUCAGGGGAAGUGGUGGCUGAGAAAACGCAUCGGCGCCUACUUCCCCGCCGUGGACCUGGAGGGGCUCAGAGGCUACUUCCAGUCCAGGAGCUGGCCACACCCGCACACAUCCCCAAAACAGGAGCUGAAGACGUAAGAACGAAGAGGAGAUCGGAGAACUUCAAGGGUUGAGGUUGGAAAGAGAUGCUGGAGUUGAUCAGCGGUUUAAAAAGGACCAAGGACGCCAUCAGGACUUUUUUCAGUUUGCAAUGUUUCAUGAAGAACUGUUUGAUAAAAGUUCAAAGUUUCAAUUCAGGAUGCAUCUUUGUAUCUCAAAUCAUUUGUAUUUCCUGAAACCGCCUUUCGUGAACUGUCGGUGUGACGUCAACAUUAAAACUGCUUACGUUUAAA